CUCUUUCAAAAUCUGCCUGUGAAGACAUAGAGAUGGAAGCAAAAGACGCUAGCCUAGAAAAGGAAGAAUGUAUUCAGAUGCAUAAAGAUGAAGAAGGUUCGAAAGGCCAGUUUUGGAAGCAGCAUAUGCUAGUUGAACAACAACAGAGAGAUAUUCAGGAUUUGAAACAUAUUCUUCAUAAUACGAAAGCCGGAAUGCAAUUUUUACAAGUGAAGUACCAGGAGGAGUUCGACAAUUUAGGUAAGCACUUGCAUAGUCUUGCUUAUGCUGCUUCAGGUUACCAAAGAGUUCUUGAAGAAAAUCGCAAGUUAUAUAACCAAGUACAGGACCUAAGAGGAAAUAUUAGAGUUUACUGCAGAGUGAGGCCCUUCUUGGCUGAACAACCUAAUCGUUUGAGUACUGUUGAACACAUAGAUGAAGGAAAUAUUACAAUUAUCACUCCUGCAAAAUAUUGCAAAGAGGGACACAAAUCUUUCACUUUCAACAAAUUAUUUGGUCCUUCUGCAACCCAAGACGAGGUAUUUGCAGACACCCGGCCUCUGAUUCGGUCAGUUCUCGAUGGUUACAAUGUAUGUAUAUUUGCUUACGGCCAAACAGGAUCAGGGAAAACUUUUACUAUGACUGGACCAAGAGAGCUCACAGAGGAAAGCCAAGGUGUCAACUACAGGGCUUUGCAUGACCUAUUUCUUCUCUCAGAACAGAGGAAAGAUACUUUUUUCUAUGAAAUUUCUGUUCAGAUGCUUGAAAUCUACAAUGAGCAAGUCCGUGAUCUCCUUGCAAUCGAUGAAAUCCGUAAUAGUUCUCAAAAUGGAAUCAAUGUACCUGAGGCGAAUAUUAUAUCUGUCUCAUCAACAUCUGAUGUCUUGUAUUUGAUGAAUCUUGGGCAAAAGAAUCGUGCAGUUGGUGCCACGGCCAUGAAUGAUCGGAGUAGCCGUUCCCAUAGUUGCUUGACCGUUCACGUUCAAGGAAAGGACCUAACAUCUGGAACCAUACUUCGUGGUUGCAUGCAUCUGGUUGACCUGGCUGGAAGUGAAAGGGUUGACAAAUCAGAGGCGACUGGAGACAGAUUAAAGGAGGCCCAACACAUCAAUAAAUCUCUCUCUGCCUUAGGGGAUGUGAUUGCUUCUCUUGCUCAAAAGAAUUCACAUGUUCCUUACAGAAAUAGUAAACUUACACAACUGCUCCAAGAUUCACUUGGAGGACAAGCAAAGACCCUCAUGUUUGUUCACAUUAGCCCAGAGGUUGAAGCUACUGGAGAAACAAUUAGCACACUGAAGUUUGCUGAACGGGUUUCAACCGUUGAGCUUGGUGCUGCUCGAGCUAACAAAGAUAGCGCAGAUGCGAAAGAACUUAAAGACCAGAUUGCCAGUCUUAAGGCAGCUUUGGUGAGGAAGGAAGGAGAAAGAGAGCAUCUUCAUCAUUCUCGGUCUUCCAGCCCAGAGAGAUUUAAAAUGAAAUCCGCCGGGUCUUCCCCUUCACACCCUCGUUGGAGAAGUCUGAAAGAUUUAUCAGGAGGGCGGAGGCAACCAAUGGAUGAUGUUGGUAACAUCGAGGCUCAGAACUCUGCAUUAAAACUAAAAAGAAGAAGUUUGGAUCCACAAGACAUGUUAAUGCAUUCAUCUUCGUGGCCAUCUGCUGAGAGCACUCCCGACCCAAAUGGAAAGGAAGAUGACAAGGAAUCAGUUUCCAGUGAUUGGGUUGACAAGAUUAUGGUAAACAAGCAUGACAACAUAAUAAGUAGAGAGGAGAAUCUGGUGGAAUGUUGGGAUGUAGACAGCUCGCAGUUGUCCGAGAUGUUCGGUCAGAGUUACCUUCCCGACCCUUCAAAGAUAUACACGGAGAACCAGCUCACUAAGCUUAACGGCAACAAAAAGGACAGCCAAGACUAUGACUUGCAGAGGAGUAACAGGUAUGAGAUGGCCACCACUGAUGACUCUGAUGAUCAGCUGGAGGCUGCAACCAGUGAUUCUUCAGAGCCAGACAUGCUUUGGCAGUUAAAUCCUCCUAAGGCCACCAACAUUCCCAAUGGCUUAGGGGGACCACAAACAAGGAAAACCCAUCCGAAGCCAGCAAGGAGUUCAGAAACCAGGAGUUUGAUUCCAUCACUAAUCCCUUCUCCAUCGCUUUCGCGGAAGGCGCCCAAUGGGGUCAGUCAACUCAUUCAACCAUCGUACAGGCCUGUAAGGCAGGCAGUUCUUGGCCAAGGGAAGAAAAGAACUACAAAGUGAA